AUGGUCCACCAGGACGAAGGCUCCUCCUCGUCGGUCACGUCCUCCCCGCUGCAGAACUUCUCAAACAUGCCGCUCCACCCGCACCCGGGAGCCGGCGCCGCGGGCGCCGGCGCCACGCCGCCCUGGAUGCUUCGGGAGCUCCGCUCCGACGAGCGCGGCCUCUGCCUCAUCCACCUCCUGCUCAACUGCGCCGCCGCGGCGUCGUCCGGCCGGCUCGACGCCGCCAACGCCGCGCUCGAGCACAUCGCCACGCUCGCCGCGCCCGACGGCGACGCCAUGCAGCGCGUCGCGGCCGCCUUCGCGGAGGCGCUGGCCCGGCGCGCGCUCCGUGCGUGGCCCGGGCUGUGCCGGGCGCUGCUCCUGCCCCGCGCGGGCCCCACGCCGGCCGAGGUCGCCGUCGCGCGCAGGCACUUCUUCGACCUCUGCCCCUUCCUCCGCCUCGCCGGCGCAGCGGCCAACCAGGCGAUCCUCGAGGCCAUGGAGUCGGAGAAGAUCGUGCACGUCAUCGACCUCGGCGGCGCCGACGCCACGCAGUGGCUCGAGCUGCUCCACCUCCUCGCCGCGCGUCCCGAGGGCCCGCCGCACUUCCGCCUCACCGCCGUGCACGAGCACAAGGACCUGCUCUCGCGGACGGCCAUGGCGCUCACCAAGGAGGCGGAGCGGCUGGACGUGCCGUUCCAGUUCAACCCCGUGGUGUCCCGCCUGGACGCGCUGGACGUGGAGUCCCUCCGCGUGAAGACCGGCGAGGCGCUGGCCAUCAGCUCCAGCCUGCAGCUCCACCGCCUGCUCGCCACCGACGACGACACCCCCGCCGCCCCGACCGCCGACAAGGAGCGGCGCAGGAAGAGCAGCCCGGACUCCUCCGGGCUGCUGUCCCCGUCCACCUCGCGGGCGGACGCGUUCCUGGGCGCGCUGUGGGGGCUGUCGCCCAAGGUGAUGGUGGUGGCGGAGCAGGAGGCGAGCCACAACACGCCGGGGCUGACGGAGCGGUUCGUGGAGGCGCUCAACUACUACGCGGCGCUGUUCGACUGCCUGGAGGUGGGCGCGGCGCGCGGGUCGGUGGAGCGCGCGCGCGUCGAGCGGUGGCUCCUGGGCGAGGAGAUCAAGAACAUCGUGGCCUGCGACGGCGCGGAGCGCCGCGAGCGGCACGAGCGGCUGGACCGGUGGGCGGCGCGCAUGGAGGGCGCCGGCUUCGGCCGCGUGCCCCUCAGCUACUACGCGCUGCUGCAGGCCCGGCGGGCGGCGCAGGGGCUGGGGUGCGACGGCUUCAAGGUACGCGAGGAGAAGGGCACCUUCUUCCUGUGCUGGCAGGAGCGCGCCCUCUUCUCCGUCUCCGCCUGGCGCGGCCGCCGCUUCGACUGA